AUGUCGGACUUUCCACCAAAUUUGAGCAUACGGCCAUUGACUGUAGAAGAUGUUGACAAGUGCGUGGAGCUAGAGGCCAGGGGAUUCCCGGAACAUGAACGCGCUGCUCGUGAAAAAAUCGAGUAUCGACUCACCGUGUGUCCCGAGUUGUGUUCGGGCUUAUUCAUCAGAGAAUACAACUAUAAAUACAACGCUAUAAAUCUCCCGGAGGUGGCGGAGAAGCGGGAAAAGGAGCAUGACGACGAGAGCUCCGGAAAAGACGAUUUGGACGAACUUCCUCCCACUUCGUCGGUGGUGAGUGAGACGUUAAUCGGUCAUAUUUUGGCCACCAAGAUUCAUUCUAACCGUAUAACCGAAUCGUCGAUGGCGUUGCCAAGUGACAAUGACAAGAACGCAGGGCACCAGGAGAGCUCGAGGUACGUGGGAAUACAUGCUUUGGUGAUCGAUCCUGAUUGGCAAGGUAAUAACUUGGGGACGUUAUUGAUGCACGAUUACAUCCAAAAACUUUCCAACCAGGACUUGGGCGAUAAGGUGGUGAUCAUUGCUCACAAGGAAUUGGUGCCAUUCUACGAAAAGAUCGGAUUCAACGAUCACGGCCAUAGCGAAUGCAAGUUUGCCGGCGAAACAUGGCAUGAUUUGACCAUCGACUUGAUACCUGAAGAGGAAGAUUAG